CUGUAAUCUGUGGUACAAACCACAAAACAAACUGUCAUUGUCAAUAUGUCGGUCAAUGCACAAAUUCAUUUGAGUACCACUAAUGAAAAUAAUAAAAAGAACGACAAAUCAAUGAAACCCUUAUUUCCUAAAAGGGAAGAAUGUUCACACGUGUCUUGUUAUUGCGAGGAAAACGUCUGGAAACUAUGUCAAGAUGCGUCUCUGAGGGUCCCGGAGGAAUUGGAUAGGUGCUAUGUGGUUUUCAUUUCCAACCCUUGCCGUACUGUGCCUCUGUGGAAACAAAGGGCUGGGCGCGAGGAAGACCGCCUUGUUAUAUGGGAUUACCAUGUAAUAUUUUUAUACUCAUGGGACUGCAAAACUUGCCUUGUGUAUGAUCUGGAUUCAGAGUUGCCUUUUCCGACUUUCUUCCAUAAGUAUGUCACAGAAACAUUUCGUACAGAUCAAGUUUUAAAAUCUGAUUUCCACAGAUUCUUUCGUGUAGUGCCUGCAAAGCAAUUUUUGCAGAAUUUUGCUUCUGAUCGUCGGCACAUGAAAAGACCAGAUGGAUCAUGGAUCAAACCACCUCCGCCAUACCCGGCCAUUUGUACAACAACUUCAACACACAAUCUAGAUGAAUACAUCAACAUGGAUAUUGGCACUGGUCCAGGACAAGUUUUCAACUUGACUGAUUUUGUUCAACGGUUCUACAAGAUUAACAAGUAGUUAAAAGAUGAUCUUAGAUAGUGAAAUGUUAUCAUUUUCAUGACCCUAUUUGGUUUAUGAUUUCGUUUGAUUAUGUUUUAAUAAUCUUUUGUUUUUUGUAUAAUAAUUUUAUUUAUGUGAUACAGGAACAGGACAGAACUCCUGUUCUAAAUAAGAUUGAUUAAUAACAAGUUACUGAAAUAGUACUAUUUAAAAACUUGACAUGUAAAAGUGCAAAGAGUUGUUUUCUCAGUGAAUUCACAUACAAAAUUGUGAAUCACUAGGAGUUGUCUGAAAUGUUAUUAACCAUACUUGGAGCACAGUGAUUAUUCUAUCCUAUCCACAUGAACACAUUUUGAUUAUAAGAUUUUUGCACAAAAAUUAAUUCAAUCUUUCACAAAGUUAUUGAGCUAUUUCUGUAUAAGGAAGACCACACUUAAUUUUAAUGCAUAUUUUAAGGUGUGUAUCCUUGUAACGAAAUGCGCAAUAAUAAAUGUUUUCUCUUCUCGUUUUAGAUUUUAUUAUAUGACAUUGAUAACUUUAUAUCAUAAUAGUUAUUUCUAUUCCCUUCAAUUAGCUAAUGCCAUGAUUAGAUAGUGAAAAUUCAAAUCAUUAGACAGUCUAAAUGAGAGGCUAGUGCUUACACUUUACUUUUUAUGAUAAGUCAUGAGUAUU